CUAUCUCUCUCUCUUUUUUUAAAACCUUCGUCAGGUCUGCUGACAGAAUAGCAUAGAAAUGAGGCUGACACUUGGUCAUUUUCUCAGUGCAAACGCGUCCUUGCAAGAAGACACCUAUCCUCGGAUCAUAUCAUUAUGGGAGCUGUUUGUUUUGUCAGGCACUUGUUUUGUUUGUUUUUCCUCUUGUUAAAUACUCGUCAAAGCACUGCAAGUGCAGGGAUUCGGGAUGUAGAUCAUUGCGCUGAAGGAACCGAUGCCUGUCAUUUAGACGCUAUUUGUCAAAAUACACCAAAGUCUUACAAGUGCACAUGUAAAGCAGGUUACAAGGGCGAUGGAAAGCGAUGUGAAGACGUUGAUGAAUGUGAUAAUGAAUAUGAUGGGGGCUGUGUACACGAAUGCAACAACAUUCCAGGCAAUUACCGCUGUACUUGCUAUGAUGGAUUCAUGUUAGCACAUGAUGGACAUAAUUGUUUAGAUGUGGAUGAGUGUGCGAUGAACAAUGGUGGCUGUCAGCAUGUUUGUGUCAACGCAAUGGGCAGCUAUGAGUGCCGGUGUAAACAAGGCUUCUUCCUGAGUGACAACCAGCACACAUGCAUCCAUCGCUCUGCAGAGGGAAUGAGCUGCAUGAACAAAGAUCACGGCUGUGCCCACAUCUGCAAGGAGACUCCGAGAGGAGGCGCGGCUUGUGAAUGCAGACCUGGUUUUGAGCUUGCCAAGAACCAGAGGCACUGCAUCUUGACGUGCAAUCAUGGAAACGGUGGCUGCCAGCACACCUGCGAUGAUGCUGAUCAUGGACCGAUUUGUGGAUGUCACCGGAAGUAUGCCCUUCACUCUGAUGGGAAAACAUGCAUAGAGAAGGAUGAGGCUGCAGUUGAGAGCUCAGUGUACAAUGCCACGUCAGUAGCUGAUGUGGACAAGCGGGUGAAACGGCGACUGCUAAUGGAAACGUGCGCAGUUAACAAUGGAGGCUGUGAUCGCACUUGUAAAGACACCUCUACGGGCGUUCGGUGCAGCUGUCCGGUAGGAUUUACAUUGCAGACUGAUGGAAAGACCUGCAAAGAUAUUGAUGAAUGUCAGUUCCAUAAUGGAGGAUGUGAUCAAUUCUGUAAAAACACGAUUGGGAGUUUUGAAUGCAGCUGCAAAAAGGGAUUCAAGCUUUUAACAGAUGAGAAAUCUUGCCAAGAUAUCGAUGAGUGCUUCUUUGAAAGAACAUGUGACCACACCUGCAUUAAUUACCCAGGAAGCUUUGAGUGCGUGUGUAAUAAAGGAUUCACCCUGUAUGGGUUGGCACAUUGUGGAGAUAUUGAUGAAUGCAGCAUCAACAAUGGAGGCUGUGAGCACAGCUGUGAGAAUACGGUGGGGAGCUUUGAGUGUCAUUGUCAUUUGGGUUACAAACUCCACUGGAACAAGAAGGACUGCAUUGAAGCAGAGGGUCUGCCAGUGGCUAAAAGGCCUUCUAAAGCCAUGCUAAACUGCAGUAAACUGGAAGGGAGCGACUGCUGUUUUCUGACAUGCCAAUCGCAUGUGCACAUCCUGACUGGGUUUGAAGAUUCAUACACUGUGACCUGUGGGACGCCUUACCAUUGCUCCAGUAAUGGGCUCAGAAGCAAAAAUACCUCUAAUUGCUUUGGGAUGGAUUCUGGUAACACACCACGGAUAAAGACAACAGCAACAUUUAAAUCAAGUGCAGGGAAAUGCAAUUUGAAAAGAAGCCAAGAGAAGCUUAAAGAAGGUCUAAAGCUAGCUCUUUCAGACAAAAAGAACCCUUAUACGGAGAACACCCAGUUCAGCUUUUUAAGCCUGAGAUGUAUCUCAGCAAGGAAAAUACGCAGCCGGCAUGGACGGAAGACAGGCGAGGACGAGGGCUCGUCGAUUACUGCCCAAUUUGAGUUUGAAAUGAACCUGCAGGAGGUAACAGAAUCUUGCGACUUGGCAUGCGUGCGUAAGCGGUCCGAGAAAAGACUACGCAAAACUAUCCGCACUCUGAGAAAGUCUAUCAACAGGGAGCAGUUCCACAUGCGCUUCGGGGGCACUGAAUACGAGCUGCCGAAGAAGAAUACCAAAUCUCUGGAUUCGUCGGAGCACUGUGGCACUGGACAAGUACUCUGGGACAACACAUGCAUUAGCUGUAGUGCCGGAACGUACUACGACGGAGAGCAGGGAAGGUGUGCACUCUGCCCAGCUGGCACGUACCAAGACGAGGAGGGGCAGCUCUCCUGCGAGGCCUGCCCGGGGCCUGAGAGUCUGGGGAGCCCAAGAACAGCCGGGGCUCGGAACAUUUCAGAAUGUGGAAGUCAGUGCCAGCCAGGUGAAUUCUCUUCCGAUGGUUUUAAACCCUGCCAGUCCUGUCAGCUAGGGUCCUACCAGCCCGAAGCAGGGCGUACCACCUGCUUCUCCUGUGGGGGAAACCUUAUAACCAAGCACAGCGGAGCAGUGACGUUCCAGGAUUGUGAAACAAAAGUUCAGUGUUCCCCUGGGCAUUUUUACGACACCACAACACACAGAUGCAUUCGCUGUCGAGUGGGGACAUACCAGCCAGAGUUUGGACAGAACUACUGUGUGGCAUGUCCAGGAAAUACAACAACUGAUUUUGAUGGCUCAACAAAUGUAACUCAGUGUAAAAAUAGACACUGUGGAGGGGAACUCGGAGACUUUACUGGAUUUAUUGAGUCCCCGAAUUACCCAGGAGACUACCCAGCAAACACUGAAUGCACCUGGAAUAUUAACCCACCUUCAAAGCGACGGAUUCUCAUUGUAGUCCCUGAGAUAUUCCUGCCCAUCGAAGACGAAUGUGGAGACUAUUUAGUCAUGAGGAAAAGCUCUUCAUCUAAUUCUGUAACAACAUAUGAAACCUGCCAAACAUACGAGCGUCCGAUAGCUUUCACAUCAAGGUCGAAAAGAUUGUGGAUUCAGUUUAAAUCAAAUGAAGGCAACAGUGGGAAAGGCUUUCAAGUACCCUACGUCACUUACGAUGAGGACUACCAAGAGUUGAUUGAAGACAUUGUCCGAGAUGGCAGAUUGUAUGCAUCAGAGAAUCACCAGGAAAUACUAAAGGACAAGAAGCUGAUCAAGGCCCUGUUUGACGUCCUGGCCCAUCCUCACAAUUACUUCAAAUACACAGCGCAAGAGUCAAGAGAAAUGUUUCCAAGGUCUUUUAUUCGCUUCCUGCGCUCCAAAGUUUCCAGGUUCCUGCGGCCUUACAAGUAGCUAUAAACUAUUUGCACCUGGACAAUUUUCUUUGUGCAACUUCUUAGAAAAAAAGUCAGUUACAGUAAGUUGCUGAAAUGGUCAUAAAUCAACAAGGAGCUGACAGAAUCUGAUAACUGGCAUCAUGUUGGGGAGAACAGGAAUGCUCAGAAGAAGAGAGAUGAAUUUAUUACUCUAGACAAGACUUUCUGACAACAUGUCAUGGACUAUAUUAUAUAUAUAUAUAUAUAUAUAUGUGUAUAAAAAAUAAUUGUGCUAACUGCAGAAUACUUCUUUCAUAUGAUAUGCUUUUCUGUUUCAAAAUGUGGGGAAAAAAAGGGAAUUGUGUCCGAUGGCAGAAACAAACAUUUUAACUGAUUUAGUGCCUAUGUUCAAACAAAUGGGCUGUCUGGUUUUGAAUAAAAUGCACUGGCAUUAGAUUAGAUUCCAUCUAGGUGAAGUCCAAUUUAUGAAGUCUGUGUUAUAUGAGGUAAUAGAAUAAUGUCCCACCAUGGGAGUAGAAAUAUUCAGAAUAGUCUAAUUAAAGUCAAUGAAUGUGUAGAGUUUUAGAAGUGCCUAUUCUAGCUUAGAGACAGCACUGACUAGUCCACCCAUAGAAUAGAAAGCGACAGAACCUCAGAAUCUGAAGUCACGUGAUUGUAAAGUCAUUGUAAAGUGCAGUUGCGGUUGCAAACCAAUAGCAUAUAACUUACAUUUUACAACAUCAAAAUUGCAAGCAGUUUUCAAAUGUAGAGAACAAACAGCAAAGGGUUACAAAGUAGUUUAUUCACAAGUAAAGCAGCAGGUAUUAUCAAAUACAUCAUCAGAAUUGUUUUUAAAGUCGUGUUUAGGCGACCUAUUUGACUGUUUUUACCUCAACUGACUGUCAAAUUAGUCGUUUUUUUCUACCCGUAUCCUAGCUACUCAUAAAACAUUCUACACAUUCAAAUAGCGAUUUAAAUUUAAAAGCAGAUUACAGGUUUUCCCCUUAUAUAACAUUUAAACUAUGGCUGUAGACCAUGGAAUCUCAAAGGUCAUAAAUACAGUACAAUUCUCAUAUAAAUGAUUGUGUGUCCAAAUGUUGUUCUUUAUCAUUGCACUUGAUGUGUUGAUCGUCUAAAACCUGUUACGCAAGAAAUGUUCGUUUUUAAAUAGACAGUUCCUGAUAGAGAAGAAAAUAAUGUUAUUUUUGUAUUCCUCAAUCGAAAAGAUUAUUUAAUGCUAAAAAAACAGCUAUUCCCCUAUUUAUAUUAAAGGGGUGUGUUUAUAAGCAUAUGUUAUCAUUUAAAAUGAUGCCAUGUUCAAUAAAGUGCAUAACCAAGAAAAAAGAAUAUAGGAAUAAAUUGAGUGCUUGUGAAUUAUGAUGAAGAUGCAAUUGACAUCAUGACAGGAAGAAGGCAAUGGCACCAGAAUGAUACAGUAUUUCCCAUAGUUAUUAUGGAGGCUGAUGACAGUUUGUCAAAAUAAGGAAGAGUUGGGUCCUCUGAUUCCUUUAUGCUGAAGUUGAAUAACUCUGGGUUACACUAAUUCAAAGAUUAAGGUUUAUGAAUUAUUGAAAUAAUAGAACACGAUAGAGGUGAUACUUGUAAAUGCAGAUGUAAAUAUGUUUAGGUAAGACUAACAGUGUUUAGGGCUUAACGCUGUGCUGUUUUAGCUUGAGAUUAAUAAUUUCCAUGGCUUUAAAAUAUUAUAGUAUAUUAUACAGUAGUACUCAGUUUUUUUUUAUAUGGGUAAAUUUGCAUAUCAUACUAAUUAAUUAAGCGAAUACAUGUGGACCAGCAUGCUGGCAGGUUACUUUGUAAUAUUGUAGUUACUUAUAAUGUGAUCUGUAAAUUAGUACAGAUGUGUGAUGGGUCUUUAAUUAUAAUAGGAAACAUCCUCUUGAGUCUAUGAAGGUAUAUUUGAGAUGCAGGCUCAGUAUAACGUGGACCCCUGGGUAUGCAAAGUCAUCAAUGAUUCAUAAACAUAGCAUAGACUGCCAGGGAUAUAAACUAUAUUUCUGUAUGUGCAAAGGACUGUGUUGUAAAUAUUAAAUAAAAAACAGAAAACAAAAAA